AUGCAUUUUAGUUUAAAGUACAUUUUUUUAUUAAUUUUUAUUGCAAAUGAAUGUGUUUCUAAAUCUAUAAAUCAAGAUCAUUUACAGUUAAAAUUUGUUUUCAUAUUGAUGAGACACAUGAACCGUGCGCCGUUGAUCCGGUACAAAAACCAAACUGAUCAAAUACCCUGGCCCCGCGGUUUGGGCGAGUUGACCGACCAGGGCGUGUGGAACGCGUACCGCGCGGGUCAAGCUCUGCGUGAACGGUACUUGGGCUUCUUACAUCCCCUACAGCGGUACACGCCCAGCGAGAUCGACGUGUCCACCACGGAGGUCGACCGGUGUUACCAGUCCGCCGGCUACCUGUUGGCUGGUAUGUACCCGCCCAACGAAGAGCAGACUUGGAACAAGGACCUCAAAUGGCAGCCCAUACCGAUCAAGACAAGUUUGUCGAAAGACCACCAGCAAUUUACAGGAGAUCCAAGAUUAUGUCCAAAGUAUGCUAUGGAAUUACAUGAAAUUUGUGAAAAUGCAAUAAAAACUGAAAAGAUAAAAAAAUUAAUCAACUAUAUGAAAAACUACACAUCAAAUCCAUUAAAUACACUUUAUGAUGUAUUAAAAGUAGCAGAUGUCAUUAUGACACAACGUAUGGCAAACUAUACAAUCCCUAAUUGGGCAUUAGAACGGUAUAAAGAUAUUGAAGAAUAUAUAUUAUAUUCUAUGACAAUAUUAGUUGAAACAGAUCAAAUGAAACUUUUAUAUUCAGGUGAAAUGUUAAAUGAUGUGUUAACGAGAAUGGAAGCAUCAAUAAAUAAAUCACCAGAUGCAAAAAAAAUAUAUUUGCAUGUUGGUCAUGAUUCGACUAUAGUUCCUUUCCUGAAGACACUAAAUGUAAAAAAUAUAACAUAUCCACUUUAUGGAGCAGCUGUUGUAAUGGAAUUAUAUGCAUCACUUUCAAAUGAAACGGUUGUAAAGCUAUUAUACAACAGAGACUAUGAAUGGAAAGAAUCAAACAUUGAGUUAAUUGAAUUACCAGGUUGUCCACAGCCAUGUCGACUAGAAGAUUUGCGCACACUCACACAACAAAUGAUACCUCGUAACUUAACUGAAGAAUGUAAAAAUUAA